CUUAAACGUAAUUAAAAUGUUCGCCAUGAAAUUCUUGGUUCUGCUCGCCGGAUUGGUCGCCGCGUGUUCGGCCGGCUUGAUACCAGCCGCUGUCCCAGCCGCUGUCCCAGCAGCGUUCGCAGCGGCACCGGUCCCAGCAGCUUUGACGGUCGGAACCUACGCGACCAGCUACAACGCGCACGCUGUUAAUCACGCGGUCGCCGCACCGUACAUCGCCAGCCCUGUAAUCGCCCACGCCGCGCCACUCGCCUAUUCCAGCCUUCCCGCGGCGGCUUUGGUUGCCGGCAGGCGCUGAGAAUUCUCAGGCGUCACGAUUCGAGGACAAUUCGUUCGGGGAAACAUCCGGUUACGGUUUCCAACGGUGAGAUCGACCUUGGCGAUAUUCCACCGCGAAUUUCCACCAACCAACGGCAGUGAGAUC